GGAAGAGACAGAGUGGACAGGGCCUGUUGUUCUGAUGGGAACACUCAUUGAAGCGGAAAUUUGGCCAUAUAUGCAGCUAUGCUGGUGACCUUGGCAUUCCUGAUUGUAGUUGUUGCUACGGGGAUGGCUGACAAAGGUCCUGACAUGUUCAAUUUGACUGUUCCUGAGGGUCCGGUCUCAGCUCCUUUGGGAGCCUCUGUCACCCUGCCCUGUGCAGUCUCUCCUACAUUCAGUGUGGUGCCACACAAGAUGAGUUGGCACCCAUCCAAUCUGGAUGAAAACCCAGUCCUGCUGUAUGAGAACGAGAAGAUCCAGCAGGACCCAGAUGGUACAGGGUACAGGGGCAGGGUGUCUCUGGUAGGAAGCCUGGAGCAGGGAAACGUGUCCAUCAAGCUGGAGAACAUUACACUGGCAGACAGAGGACUGUACGUGUGUUUUGUACAUAGUGAAGUAUGGUUUGAAGAAGCCAAUGUGGCUUUAAAUGUGGAAGUCAUGGGCACUCUUCCGCUCCUGUCUGUAUCCAAAGGAGAUGAAAAACAGGUGAACAUUACCUGCACAUCAGAUGGAUGGUCUCCACAGCCUGCACUCACCUGGACCAGUGGAGGAGAGAAUAUCAAUGCUGCCAACACAGUCUACACCACAGAUGACCAGGGUUUGGUGAGCGUGAGUUCCUGGCUGCUGCAUUCUCCCUCAGAGUCUGAGUCGGUAUCCUGCUUUGUGGGACUGUCUGAUCAGGAGAGGAAAGACGGCAGGGUGGUGCCAUUCAUUUACACUGAACACAAAGGUGGUGUGAUUGGAGGAAUCAUCAGUGGUUUGGUGCUCCUAAUCCUGAUCCCCACUGCAAUACUCCUUUAUAGAAAAGUGAAAGAGAAGAAUAAAGAGACAAUGGAGAAGGAUAAAGUGAAGUGGAAGAAGAAUGAUGUGGUGGCAGAGUAUAUUAAACUGGUGGGGGAGAAACAAGGGGUCCUGAGAGUAUUACAGGCGCAAAUAAAGACCAUUACCACAAGACUGACAAAUAAUAAAGAAGCGCUGAAGAACCUGACGUUGAAAAUUCAGGCCACACGGAAUUUGCAAGAAGGAGACGAUCAGCUGCUGAUGGACCUGGCUGAACUGGAUCAACUGGCUGAACUGGAUAAGAAACUGAAUGUUAACAUAGAAGGACUGAAGGCAAAAAUGGAGAAAUUAAAGAAAAACGAGGGAAAAAAGAUGAAAGACCGAGGGAAGGACCAGAAGAUUGCAGGAUCUCAAGCCGAUGUGGAGAUGGCUCUAUUUCAACCGAAACUGGAGAAAGAAGGGGUGGAUCAUCUGCUGGAGAUACUGGAUGAAAUAAAGUCGUCUGUCUCAGAUCUGGAGAAAAAAGUUGCCCUGGCAGAACUGCGAAACCAGGUGGCUGAAACAACAAGAAGACUCAAUAAUGAUAAAAAAGAUCUGAACGAUGAGCUGCAAGCGGAGAAGAAAAAGGUGAAAGAUCUUGAACGAGAAAAAUCAGAUCUAAUAUGCAAGGUGACUAAACUGGAGCAAGACAACUCAGGCAUUUUGAAUAGUAAGACAAAUGGCACUUCAGAUUGUUAAAAAAAAGCCCAACAGCGUCUCUUCCACCUCAGACGACUAAGGAAGUUUGGUAUGCGAUCCAAGAUCCUGAAGGCCUUUUACAGAGGCACUAGAGAGAGCAUCCUGAUUGGAGGCAUCAAUGCAUGGAGGCAUCAAUGCAACCAGUCUGUUGUUGCCAGCGUCCUCUUCUAUGCAGUGGUAUGCUGGGGAGGAACCACAAAGAAGAAGGAUGCUGGGCGACUUGACAGGCUGGUAAGGAAAGCUGGCUCUGUAGUGGG